AGGACACUAAAAAUUUAUCGUGGUUCACCCAAAGGGCUACGUCCACGUUGAGCUGAGUAAGAAAGAGCUCACUGUACUAUAUCAAGUAGGGUUACAAAGAUCCGAACAAACAGACUGUACAUCAAUGGUCCUUCUAAUAAAAUAGUGUCACAAUCAUCAAAUAAAGAUUAGAAGCAAACCUAAGAACCAGAGAUUACAGCAAGAAACAAAUCUAUACAAAUCAAAGAUAGAGCUUACUCCAAAACCCACAGCCAAUCGAUAUCCCUUCUUCCCUCUUUUCUUUCUGCAAUUUCUUUUGUCUGAUUUACUAUCCCGAGGCAUUGUUCCAUUUAUAUGAGAGUUGAACAGCUGAGAUAGGAUAUGAUAAAGGCAGCAUCAAUGGCUAUCUGUUAAUUGUAGAGCACGAUUAACAGAAAGGCAAUAAGGACAAGCAAAAGGGUGUCGGGCAAAGCAAGGACAAUCAAGAGGCGCCAGACAGCAGUGAAGAGGCCCUUGAUGGUUGCAAUUUGGCGUUCCAUCAGCCGUCCACGUGGACUGUUGAGGUUGCCGAAUCCCUCCAAUCAAGACGGCAACAUUUUGAUGCUUCACCCACAACAAUCUCCUCCUUGAAGCAUCAAGAGGAGAGUGAACCCAAUACUCGGAAAAAUAGUGCAGCAUGCUUCAAUUUCUUACCAUCAUCGCUCUAGUCAGUUGAAGGAUUAACCAACAUCAUUGUGCAGCAAACUCAAGCAAAGCUUGAACUUGGCUGCGGUCAAAAUCUUGGUUCCCACAUCAGUUGGAUUUUCCUCGGUAGAUACCUUUUUAAUCAUCACAAUUCCAUUUGUUACCAAUUCUCAAACAAAGUAAAACUUUACCUCAAUGUGCUUAGACCUCUCAUGAUAUACCGGAUUUUUACAGAGGUGGAUAGCACUUUGACUGUCUGAGAACACCACCACUUUGCUUUGAAGCAAAUUGAUUUCCCUCAGGAGGCCUUGAAGCCAUAUGGCUUCUUUAAAGGCAUCAGUGAUUGCCAUGUAUUCUGUCUCAGUGGAAGACAAUGCAACUAGAGGCUGCAAUUGUGACUUCCAACUGAUGCAAUUACCUCCCAAUGUGAAAAAGUAAGUUGUAGUGGAUUUCCUGGAGUCUUUAUCACCUGCAAAAUCUGAAUCUACAUACCCCACAAGAUAAAGAUUAUCAUAUCUUCUUUUAUAACACAAACCAAUGUCAACAGAACCAUUUAUAUAUCUAAACAAGUAUUUCAAGGCAUCCCAAUGAGGUUUCCCAGGGUUUGACAUGUAUCUACUUAGUAAGGAAAAUUGAAUAAGUAAGGUCAGGCCUAGUACUAAUCAUAGAAUACAUAAUGGUUCCUAUGGCAUUUGCAUAAGGUACAUUUUCCAUCUUAAUGAUUUCAGAAUUUGAAGUGGGACACUGAGCUUUUGAAAGCAAGAAGUGACCAGCUAAAGGGAUCGAUACAGUUUUACAAUUAUUCAUGCCAAAUCUUUGCACAGCCUUUAACAAGCUAGAUGAUAUUUGCUGGUGGCUACUGGUGCAAAGAUGCUGUUGGUUGUUUCUUCAAUUUGUCUGGUUACUAAUCAAGCAACACUUUGCAGUAAUGCCUUCCAAACAGCUAAUCUCUUGGAUUUUGCAUCCAGCGGUUUUGGGAGAAAAUUCACUAAUCUGCAAUGUAGAGUUCAUUGGGAAAAGCCAGCUUUCAGGGAUCACAUUGCUCAACUCUUAGCGAGACAGAGAAGUUACCCAACUCCCAGAACUACUGUUUUUGCUAUAGCAAAUGAGGACGAUGAAGCUGAAGCAGGCAUUUCACCUGCUUGUACUGACAAUCCUGUGCAUUCAACUUCAGAACAUGAUGGUUGGUUUAAAGAUCAUGGGUAUGAAGUUGUUCCUAUCCAAUCACAGUCAGGAUCAGGCCUCUCUCAGAAAGCUGCAAUCAUGGGGAGCCAAGGAAACCUUCUUGAUAAGUUAAAGGCUGUUCAGUUACAUGUAUUGGCAAUGGAACAAUGGAAUGCUUCACGUCUUAAUCUGUGCCACAGAAGAUAUUCAGUGAGCGCAUCAAACUUAAUUCAUUAUUUGGCAUUGAAAAACCUGGAUAUCGAGCAGCUCAAGGAAGAUCUUUCUUCUAUUGGUCUUCUGAAUUUAGAGACCAUCAAUGGUUAUGUCCUUGCAAGUCUUUCUGCUGGAAUCCAGAUGUUAGAAAAUCUGAAAUCUGGACCUUCAAAUCACGAAGAUGAUGAGGACGAGUGGAUUUCUACUGAGAAGAGUUUGAAUAAACCCAAAAGGGGGGGAUUUACCCUAAAUGUGAUGAGGAAAAAGGCAUCCAUUAAUAAGGAGUCAUUAUUGGGCGCACUUAAAGACAAGGGAACUGCUCAUAUCAUGGUAACAGUUGGCGAAGAAGUGCUAAAAAGUGAAACACGUAUAGCUGAUCUUCUUAAAACAGGAACCACUAUCAUUCGUAUCAACUGUGCACAUGGAAGCCCAAGUGUUUGGAGUGAGAUAAUCAGAAGGGUUAGAAGAAGUUCUCAAAUGCUGGAAAAACCAUGUCGGAUUCUCAUGGAUUUAGCUGGGCCAAAGCUCCGAACUAGUAAGCUGAAAGCAGGUCCGUGUGUGAUGAAAAUAUCUCCUAAGAAGAAUGCCAGUGGGGAAGUGAUCUCCCCAGCCCAAGUUUGGCUGUCUCCCAAAGGAGCAGGCCCCCCACCCACUAAUUUAUCUGUCAAUGGUGUUGUCUAUGUAGACGGGCACAAAUUUCUCAGUAAGCUCGAGGUUGGUGAUACUGUAAAAUUCUCUGAUGCUAGAGGAAAGCGAAGGAUACUAAAGAUUUGCCAGAAGUUUCCUGUAUUUGCUGGUGUUGGUUUCAUGGCAGAGUGUUCCAGGACUGCAUAUGUUCAGUCAGGAACAAAAUUAUUUGUCAUAGGAAAAAAAGGGAAGUCAAAUGUUGGCCUGGUCUCAGAUGUCCCUGCUGUUGAGCAGUUUGUAAGACUGAGAGUUGGAGACAUGCUAAUCAUAUCACGAGAUGCAUCAAAUGAUCAAGUUGAAUCAGUUGGACCCUCAGAUGGUGUUCAUAGAAUAACAUGUUCUUCUGGAUAUCUUUUUGAUUCAGUGGAACCUGGACAGCCGAUUGCUUUUGAUGAUGGAAAGAUAUGGGGUACAAUCCAGGGAACUAGUAUUUCAGAAAUUGUUGUUUCAAUCACUCAUGCAGGUCGUAGAGGUAGUAAACUUGGCUCAGAAAAGUCCAUUAACAUCCCGGAGAGCAAUAUUCGGUUUGAAGGCCUCACUUCGAAGGAUCUUAUGGAUCUUGAUUUUGUUGCUUCUCAUGCUGAUAUUGUGGGCAUAUCUUUUGUCCGAGAUGUUCAUGACAUCAUUGUGCUUCGCCAAGAGCUUGAAAAACGAAAGCUUCAGAACUUGGGAGUCAUUUUAAAAAUUGAGACUAAAAGUGGGUUUGAGAAGUUGCCGUUACUGCUACUAGAGGCCAUGAAGUUGCCAAAUCCUCUAGGGGUUAUGAUCGCUAGAGGAGAUCUUGCGGUGGAGUGUGGGUGGGAAAGAUUGGCUGACAUACAAGAAGAGAUUCUAUCUAUUUGUAGUGCUGCCCACUUACCAGUUAUCUGGGCAACUCAGGUGCUGGAGUCACUUGUCAAGUCUGGCGUGCCUACAAGAGCUGAGAUUACUGAUGUGGCAAAUGGAAGGAGGGCAAGUUGCAUUAUGUUAAACAAAGGGACGCAUAUCCUUGAAGCUGUAUCGACACUGGAUACCAUUCUCCACAGCAAAUCUACAAAGGUGAAGGCAGAAUUAAAGCCUUUUACAGUAUCCAGUCAACUCUUCUAGUUCAUUUCAUUCUCUGGCUGCUUUAAACAUUUCAUCAGCUGUCUAGAGUUCCAUGUAUAUAGAGCGCCCCUCCUCCCAGAACUUCUUUCGCCCUCUGAUGUUAUCUAGGACUCAUCAUGAGAAUUUAAUGGCUUGGUUUUAUACA